AUGGCUCACAACAGAUUCCCCAUUCCUCCACCCGAGAAGUACCUCGCUCUGUCCACCACCAGCGUGGGCUGUGGUCCUGGAGGGGGCACCCCAAUGAUCGCACGAGUUGCUAUCGUGGACUACAGAGGACAUGAUGUCUUCUCCACCUACGUCCUCCCGACGAACCCUGUGACCGAUUACCGCACGAGUACCACAGGCAUCCAGCCGGAGGACCUCCAGCCCGGUGGGUGGUCUGCACUGCCGUGGAAAGAGGUACAGGCAAGGGUAGCCCAGUUAAUCAGAGACAAGAUCAUCGUAGGCCACACGCUAUGGCAAGAUUUGUCAGUUCUCGGCAUCCGCCAUCCAGCAGUGGCCACGCGGGACGUUGCCUUGUAUCAGCCUUUCCGCAAUGCUCUCCGUUCGACCAAUCAUGUCAUCGGUCUCCCAACCCUUAUGUGGCAGCUUAUGCGCCGCAGAGUCCAAGAAACUCACGUAUGCCCGCUGGAGAAUGCCCGCGCCGCGCUAGAUCUGUACCGCUCUCACUCCGAAGAGUGGGAAGCCACGAUCGCCAAAGGACAGUGGCCGUCCUUCCUCCCCCCGAGCACCUUUUCCCGAUGCUAUCAGUGA